CUUUAAAAAGCUAACAGAAUGUUUGAUUCUUUCAGUACUGUCGUUGCCAUUCUACUUUCAACAUGAAGUUCUCUGCUUUAGUUCUCACAGUUUUUGUAUUAGUAACCGUUUUUGGUAUUUCCGAAUCGGCAACUACUUUAAAACCAACCACAAAAAAACCUACACCAAAACCUACACCAAAACCUACACCAAAACCAAUAAUUAAACCUGUUGUACCUGCAGUAACCGUAAAGCCAAUUGCUUUACCUACAAAACCAAGUGUUCCCGUUGUUCCAAUCACAGUUCCAAUCACAGUUUCAAGCACAGCUUCUCCAAUCACAGCUCCAAUCACAACUCCAAUCCCAACCCAAGAUCCAGCCCUAAACUUAGGGUUAUGUAAAUACAUUAAAGAAUGCAACUCCGAUUCCGUUGCAAUGGUUUGGGGCUCUGAUGGAAAAAUUUGUGAAUAUUUCAAUAACGAUUGCGAGUUGAUGCUUGAAAACUGUAAUCGCAAGGACAGAAAUGAACCCCUCCUAAAGCAAGUUACACAUGAAGUUUGUAAACCAUUGUGUUUCAAUGGUAUAUUUUGCCCAACCGCUAUCGAAAAUUAUGUUUGCGGAACCAUAGAUGAUUUCUGGAUGAUUUUCCCCAGCCAGUGCCAAAUGCAGUCUUAUGUGUGUCAAACUGGAAUAAAUUGGCAGUUAAAUGAUAGCGAGAUUUGUGGAAUAAGAAUGGGCAACUACAUAAACUGAAAAUAAAAAAUAACUUUUUUUUAUUCUUUUUUUUUUUUUAAUAUUUAAAU